AUGGCAUCAUAUGAACCAAAACAACCGACUGUUGCGACAUCCGCAGAAUGGAAGCAGUCUUGGUCAGCACCCAAGGCCGCCCCGGGGAGUGAGGAGCCCUGGACCACCGAAACACCGAUUUGGCAUGCUGUUGUGCGAGGCUUCCAGAUAUUUUUCGGCCUUGUGAUUGCCGGGAUGGCUGGUUAUCUCAUUCAUGGUUAUAUGAUGGACGCUUUCGCGUUUGGUCUUGUUUGUUCGCUAUUUACCUGGAUCAUUUGCAUCUGGUCACUGGUCAGCGAAAAGGUCCUGAGUGCUCGAAAAGCGUAUAAUAUUUGGGCGACUUUGUCUUUGGAUUUCUUCAUGAUCAUCCUUUGGCUGGCCUCCAUGGGUGCAAAUGCGGCGAACCGAGCAAAGUUCACAGUGGAUGUCAAUGUCGAAGGAUGUUACGAUGACGGAAGCACCAUCAGUGCCCAUCACUGCAUCGUGAGCAAGCGUGAGCUUGUGAAGCGGGGCGCUGUCGCUGGCGAAACCGGUCUCGCAAUGAUGUCUGGUAUCGCCGGUCUGAGUGCCAUCCAAAUGCUCCUCUUCGUCGCAACCUUUGCCUAUAACGCGCAUAAGUUCCGGCUGUACUACCAGGCCAACAAAGGACCCAAGACUACCCACAACGGGGCCCUGGAGAUGAACGCACAACAGACGCCGAUGCUCAGUGUCCAACAAGGAGGACCUGCACCACCAUCAUACCCACAGUACACCAAUCAGCAAGCAAUCCAGCCGCAGGUCCCCGUACAACAGCCGGUAGAGCAGUAUCAACCAACGCCUACAACGUCUCCGGCACCGGGCUCAAUCCCGACCCCGUCCCCACAGCCAUACACAUAUGGACAUGUCGAACAGCAAUAUCCGGCACAGCAGGUUCCCGCUCAGUAUGCUCCGGCUCACCACCCUCCCCAGCAGUAUGCCGAAGCCCCAGGUCACACCCCAGCCCAGUACCAACAAACUACCCAGUCCUACAGCCCCAACACACAUGAGAUGCCCACUCACUCGCAAGGAUAUUCACAACCUACCUCAUUCCCACAGUGA